AUGGCCAUAUUUAGCCGCGGCUUCCUACUCUUCUUUUGUUUUACUACGGUAAGUGUUGUGCGCUUUUAGCUCAAGUGAACUUUCUUGUAGAUAUCGGUGGCAUCAACAACCGUCUUUUACCGGUUUGGCGACAAAAACAGUAAGUUUGCGAUUUCGGAUUGCAAUUUAUAUGUCAUUUUGGGUUUUUUCUGACUUCAACAUAACUUCCAACGAGCCCAUUAAAACUUCGAAAUCUUUUUAUAUUCCAAUUAUCUUGUUUCUUGAACUGAGAACCGCUCUAGCCAUUUACAAUCCUAUUUUGCUUUUAACGUAACCUUUCAGAUGUCACCAUCAACAACUGUAUCCUCAAUUCGAUGGAGAAACUGACCAAAGACACGUGCUUGACAUUCUCCAGGGCUGUGAAACCAACAUCGGAAAAAGUAAUUUCCUUCAUCGAAUCAAAGUAAGUAAAGUAAAUGAAGAUUAGUUCCUCCCGUUUCAGGCGCUGCUCAUCAUGGCAAGGCAACAACAAUACUGUACACAUAUCUCCAGAAUGCGCAAAUGUAAGUUUAUACAAGCUUUAGUUUUGCACACGCUUGAUGCGGUUAAUUUGUUAAGAAGUUUCAGCCAUAUCAUGUCACCUUACACGCUUAAAAAAUAUUUUUUUUGCACCAACCUAAUACAAUUCUAAUAUAAGUUCAUACAACCUCGAAUGCAUAUUCUACAAUACACUCUAACCUUAAUAGUGCAAGUCCCUAAUUAACCGUUCUUUCAGGAGGAGACCUGCGUGAACUUAAUCUCGAAAGCCCUGACCAACGAACUGCAUCAUUAUGGCGCAGCCCGUCACCUGAACCUGAAGUUUAAUUGCACAGGUAAUAAUAACAAGCAAUUAUUACUGUAGCUUAUCUAACCUUAAUUCGAAAAUCAAGGGAGCAUAACAGGUCGGGGGCAGAUGUGGAGGGAUUAGUCCAGUCAGUUAUGAUCGCUUUGGCGGAAAAGGCGAGCAAUUCGAGCUGCUAGGACAGCUGUUUUCGCAAACAAUUUGUAAUUAGCCCGCUCCAACUCCGGGGACAUGUUAAUUUAUUUUCUCUUAUGCAAAUUUAUUACCAUUUAUGGCCGGUACGGGUGCGCAUUCAGGCCGCAUUAAACGGCCCAAUCAGACGUAAUUGGCGGUUAGCCCUUCCUCAGGGGAUCCCAGCCAGCUGUCCGAGUUUCUUAACUUCAUGCCCACUUAAUUCUGAAGCCCGCUAAUUGAAGCCGAAGCCAAUGCAGCGGAAACCUGAUCUCGGGCCCCACAGAGCACCAAAUAAAGAACACACCUUGUUGACCUUCGGCACGAAGAAAAAAAACUUGAGUAAGGACUUCCGAAAGAAAAACUUUCCCCAUCUCUCGCCGAGCUCGAGAGUGUGUGUCCAGCAGCUCAGAGUGUUUGCUCAUCCACCUGGAGCUGCGGCUAAAUCGGAAUGUCGAAAGUCUUCGAUUAUCCGCCGUUCAAAUAAAACUCCUAUAACACAUCUAAUAGCACUUCCCCAGCACUUUUAACAUCCGCGCGAACACAAUACAAAGUCGUUAAAUGAGCAUAAAUGUCAUUGACGGGAAUCAAACGCGCCGCUGACAUGAAUCCCCCACAACAAUACGCAUUAUUUCAGAUAAAUGCACGACCUUUUGCCAUAAUGGAGGAGAACUUCAAGAGAACUGUACCUGCAAAUGUAGAUAUGGAAUGACCGGUAAAUUCUGCCAAGAGCUCGGACGUUCUCCACAUUACACUGACGCCUCCUGUGGUAUCGUGAAAGCUGACUAUGAAGGCACAGUAUCACUCAGGUAGGGAUAUUUAAGUAAGAUAUGCAAAUAAACAAUGAGCAUCUUUAUACUUUGAAUUCAAACAAACUUUAAUAUCUAUUUAAAACUUGUUUUUAUGGAAAAUUAAAAAAUAUAAUUUUUGUAAUAGCCGUCGUGUAUUACUAUAAAAACAGUAUUUGACAUAUGCCAGAGUAAUCCGCUCCUUUAUUUGCUCUCAGCUUAUAUAAAGUACGGUAAUUCUUGGGCUUAUAUUGCGCAACUCCGACUUUAAUGAGUUUAUCUUACAGUGCCUAUCCGAGAGAAACGUCCGGCAGCCCGUUCUGUCAGUGGCUCGUCAAGCCCGCGAACCCUUGGGAGAGAAUCGAGUUUGAAUUUCAAGAGAUGGAUUUGAAUUCCCAAGAUCUCGACGAAAACCAGGACUGCGUCGACAGCUUCAGAGUCCGUGGCGUCAAAGAGCUAUCAACACAGUAAGUUGACCCCUCAACUUGUUGAUGUAUUAUUCAUGAGUAUAUCAACAAAAUAUUAUCUAACCAUAAUCAUUAAACAACCAUAACACAACUAUUCCAGGAUACCAUGCAACGAAAAGUUCCAGCAGCUGAAGGGAAAGACCUUCCAAUCUGAUGGAGACUGGGUAAUGUUCGAGCUCGCCGGCAUGUCCCCUGACAAAUUCAGCAGAGGUCCUAGAAUCAACUACCGCAUCGCCAGCCCAUCGCACAUCGAAAUCCGGUCCUAUCCUGAAGACGCAGCCCUCAACUCUGCCCCCUUAUUGACUGCCAGCCUUGUCCUACCUUUGUUAACCUAUAUCUUUUCUUUUUAAUCACCGCUCAGUAUAUCGUGCUCAAUUCAACUGCCAAUCAGGAAUAGUACACUGUUCGUUGUAGAUCUCUACUUAUCAGUAUCGUUUUAAUUACACUUUGAUAAAAAAGCUUUAAAAAUAAAGUAACAAAAAUUAAAAAUGGCAAAAUUACAUCGAUUAACUUACCUUGGUUGAAUGCUCGAGCUUCAGACAAAAUUUUGUUUGGAAAAUUUCAAAUAGAAAAAUAAUUUCUUUGCUGCAAAGUGCCAAAUAUUUUAAAUUUACAACUAGUUUGCCAACGUUUUCCUUUCAGGACUGAUUAUUUCAGAUUUAUUUUCGUAUAAAUUCAUAUGUAAGUGUGCAGUAUUCAAAAGCUCGGGCGCAGCUUAAACAUUCCUGCAUUUCUGAUAAAAACUAGAAAAUUUAUAAAAAAAGAUAGCAAAAUUCAACAAUAUUUUGAAGAGAAAAUUACUAAUUUUAUAAUAAAAAUAGUUUAGUACAUCUUUUAAUUCCUGCAUUUUUUCAGCUUCAGAUUUUACUUCCCAUAUUUUUAUCACAAGCACUGACUCAAAAAAACAAGAUCUUUAGAAUUAUCAAAAUUUCGAAAUGAACAGUCAGAUUUUAAUCUUGGUGUUCCUGUCCUUGACAUCGAGAUAACCACCGUGUUUCAGGCAUGGGAGUUUGUAAUUUUGGAAAUAAUUGAAAAACGGGAAAGAGAGGGCGCGUUGGACGGUUUUCGCGUUCCUCUCAUCUGACUCACUUCAACUCCGCACAAAAAACAAGGUCCUGGUUUCAUUAAUUUGAAUAUUGGAUGUUUCGAUUUCUGCGUCGGAAUAAACAAGAUGCAUUUCUGGAGACACAACGACUUCAAGAGGCUUUCAACUUGAAAAAGGUAUUCUUUGGAGAACUUGAAUAAACAAACAUCCACACUUUUGUAUCAAGGUUUAAAUAAAUAUUUUGAAUCUUUUUUUAAUUAUAAUAUUCGAGCUAUAUUCAGAUAAAUUCAGAUGGAUUGCCCAAAAAAGUCCACAAAAUAGCAGUCGAUUCGAAGGAAAAGCUUCUGGCUAUCGUAACUCAAACUGGAAAUGUUGAAGUGUAAGAGAUUUUAUUCCUAAAUUGUAACAACUUAAAUCGUUCAUUUAUCUUCAUAUACAUAUUUUAGGUAUGUCUCGUUGGAAAAGCGGACAUUGUUGAAGAAACUUGGCUGUAAAACAUCUUUCUUCUCUUUCAUCGAAGGCAAACGGGUGUUGAUGUUGGUAUGUUCGGAAAAACCGGGCACUUCUCACCUUCCUGAAGCUAUACAUCUUUUGGAUGUAGAUUGUAACAACCCAUGUUAUACUUAUAAUCGACCUCGGAGAGAAACUGUGUCUACUGCAUUUUGUUUAACACAAGAUGGUUUAUAUUUAGGUAAUAAUUUAUUUUAUUUUUAUCUUUUUGAUUUUUAGAAAUUACUCAAGCUUUUAUGGAGGUACUUUAUUAUUAUCUUUGUUGUUUAGGUGCCAGAAAUUCAGUUGAUUUAUAUGAAUGGGACAAUCUCUGGCCUUCUGAAGUCAACGUUAAUUCGUGUGUUUCAGUGAACAGCGACGUUAUACGGUAAAAAUUAAACAUAGCUACUGCUUUUAAAUCUUUGCUUUUUUUCUUAUAUUGUUGUUUUAUUUUUGACAUUGUUUUAGGGAUGGCAGCGAAAUGCGAGGCCUUGAAAUCUAUAAUAAUUUUGUUGUUGCUGUGUAUAACAUGGACAAAGUUGUAAUAUUGGACAUGAAGUAUGGGUCUAUUUUUAAAUUGAUUAACUUUAAAAAGAGUAUAGAAGUAGGUUAUAUUUUUUUGUGUUUAGUAUAUUGUUUUAUCAAAAAUUAUUGUUCAUGACUUCAGAGCAUAGUAUUUAACAAUGUUGCUUCGACUAUGUACUUCGCAUCUUCUCAAUUUGUAUGUGCGUUAAAUCUUGAUGACUUUUCUGUAGUAGCCAAUGGGAAAGCGUGUGAUGACUUUGAGCCUUUAAUGUACUACAACAAAGUUAAGGUCAAAAAGUAAGGAUUUCAGUUUCAUGGUAUAUUUUAUUAAUUACUACAUUUUUAAAAUUAUUUUUUGAAACUUCUUUUUAGUGUACAUAUUCUUUGAAUGUUAUCUUUCAGUCGAUGUCUCACGAUAUAUUGUAAUGGAUUCCCUUCUGACUACAGUAGGGACACUUGUAUGAUGAUAACUGACGGUGAUAAUACUAAAGUUGUUUCGUUUGGAGAUGUUAUUCUUGAUAUUAAAGUUGUAUAUGAUGAAAAUAGUAAGCUUUAACGCCUUUUUAUUAAAUUUUUUUAAUUUGGGUUGAUUUAAAAAUAAAAUGUAGCUGUGUGUAUUCCUUCUUAUUAUUCAUAUUAUUACUUGUUGUUACAUUUUUAAUGUUGUAGAUGAAGCUAAUACCCUGUUACUUCUAUUGGAGCACGAGUUUGUUGCUCUUGACUUGACUGAUCUCAACUUUAACCGGUUACUUUUACCAUAUUUGAAUUGCAUCGACUUUUCUACAGUAACUACUGUUAAGAUAUUGUCACAGAAACCGAAUGUCACUUUUGACAGUUGUACGAGCACCAGAUGUAACAUAUUCAAUGAUCAAGUUUUAUGUGAUAAUGAGGAUGGGAGUUAUUUUUGUACUGCGUAAGCUUUAUCUGACAAUAACAAAUUGUUUUAGCCAUCAAAAUGGUAAUGUUGUUGUAUGGAGGUUGCAAAGUGACAAACUAAACAUGCACAGUGUACUGAAGCCGUCAGAUGCCGUAAUUAUUGGAGAUUAUGGGAAUGAAGAAGAGUAUGUUAUGGAUGAUUUGAGAUUUAGAGGUAUAGAAGAUGACUUUGUUACGAUAUCUGAUGAAAAUGGAAUGACCAAUGUUAUUGUAAGCGAAGAGUUGAAAACGCCAACUCAGCUCUUAGACGUCAGUGUGAAGCCCGUCAAAGUAUGUUACAGUAUAUUUGGUACAGAUUUUCUUACUUUAAUAAUACGAAUUUAAUAAUAAGUAGGCAAAUCUAUAUUUACGAUAUAUCUUAGUAUCCUAUUGUACCUUUAAAUGUAUAUUGUUAUAGUGCGGACUAUACGAUGACCGAUGUGACGAUGAUGGAUAUGCUGUUGAAGUGAUUGAAGCUUCGAAUAACCUUCUUACUGUAGGUCUCAACUGUGGGUUAGUGUUGUCUUACAAUUCUCAUGGGAAUACUGUAAAACCAGGAGAACUGGUUGAAUUGGUUACUGUUAAUCUGUCAAGUCAAGCCACCACAAAAGACAAGCAGGCCAAGAUCACUCCAAUUGUUUUUAAAGCUGAGAACUCAGCUCUGCUUUCGUAAGUUACUUCAGAUUCUGUAAAAAGUCAAUGUUUGACUUUCUUAUUGUGACUGACAGUUUUGUUUCAGAAAAGUCUUGAACGUUAUUCCGCAGACGCCGGUCCGAGCACUGUCAAUAUCUAAGAACUCCGAUUUUGUUGCCAUUGGGUGCUCUACUGGCAUUAUUGUGUAUGAUGCUACGAAUAGCCACGUCAUCUUCAAACAAAACUUUUUAUCAGUGGAAGGUUAGUUCAUUAAAUUAGAAGCAUAUCAUAAUUUAAUGUUCGAUUUUAGAUACUAGGCUAGUCCUGAACGAAGAGAAACCCUUGACUAGACUGAAAUCCAUGAAGCAAUCAGUUCGACGAACUUUUAGGAAGAAAGACGCUUCCAUGAGACAUAAACCUGUUCUUGACCGUGAAGUGGCCUUCAGAGACACCAACUCUCCGUGGACACAUGGUUUCAGAUGUCUGAGAUUCUACGAACCCACAGAUACUAAGGCGUAUCUGUAUGCAGGCACUGGAAACGGGAUUCUGUUUUUCUUCGGAGUAAACAAAAAAGGAUGCACGUUGUUUAAAGAAGUUAGGCUUGCUCAUCGUGCUCCAGUCUGUUCCUUGGCGUUCAUCGAAGCCGAUCUACAGUCCAAAUUAGUAGUAUUCACGGAGGAACAGAUAAGAAGUUUCAAUGUGGAGAAUCUGAAAUCGUCAAACCUUUCCUACAAGAUCACGGCCAAAUGCGGAGUCAAAGUGAAGAAAGGAGUAGUGGUGACUAAAGAUAACUUCUCUUAUUUGAACAUCAUUUGUAAUGACGGAACGUGCCAUGCUUUGUCCAGUACGGAAAAGAAUGCCAGGAUAGCUGAACGAUUUGUUGAUGUAAGUUUUGACUUUUUUAAACCCUUCACAUUUAAACAACGAAGAAACAUCUGUUUAUAAAUAGCAAAGGUAAUACACCUGAAAAUGUCAAAUUUAGGCCUCCGAUGGAAGUGCCUUCCGCCUAUCUGAUCUUAAUACGAGUGAACUAAUCACCGUUUCUAAUCUCGGUACUAUCGUUACAUUGUACAGCACUACACCCGAAAAACACGAUCAGCCAGAUGUAGGCAAUAAAUGUUUAUAA